AUGACUUUCAGAGAUGAUCAAGGCAUCAAGAGAUUCUUCAGACUGAAAGAUCAUGCAAGAAAUGCUGAUGUGGAUAUCUUGAGGGCUAUGCAGAAAAAGCUUGAUACCAAGAUCACAGAAGAAGCCAAAUUCAUUGAAGAUCUAGAGAGAAAGCCUGAAACCUUGAAAGUUUAUGCUAUGUGGGAGGAAAAGGAUGGGGCGGCUAGGGCUGCUAUAUUAGCAGCUUUAGCGAACACUCUAUUCGAUGUUUAUUCCUCUGACAUCUACACAGCUAAAACCUUAUGGGAGAAGCUUGACCAUACACACAAUGUUGACUCGCAAGGGUUGGAAAAGUAUUAUGUGGCUAGGUUUCUUGAUUACAAACUGGUGGAUACAAAAUCCAUAACUGAGCAAGUGCACGAGUUUGAGACAUUGGUGCAUGCUUUGAAGGAGUCCAGAAUGGAACUUCCUGAAAAAUUGCUGGAGCAGCACAAGUCCAAACAGAGACAUGUGAUGCCAACUGAUUCUGGCAGAUCGAAGGUUGGUCAUUGGAAGAAGGACUAUCCUGUAAAGAAAACAAAGAAAGCUGAGGUGGUAGCACAAGCAAAUACUGUGCUUGGAACCACUGGUGGGCCUGUGCUUAACAUAAUUGUUGGUCAGGCUGUUGCUUAUGAAACCAAUGACGGGUAUACUCAUGGGAUGAUAGUGACGAUAGGGAAUGCUAGUGAUGCUCAAGUUCUUGGAAUAGGACACGUGGACCUGAAGUUUGCUUCUGGGCGGUUACUUGUCAGACGGCUUGUUUUAAUAAAUGUGGAGCCUGUUUUGGGCGGUUUUAUUAAUGAUAUUGUUUCUCCUUCUGUUAAUAAUAUUGAAUCAUUCGACUUGUGGCAUUCUAGACUUGGCCAUUUAAAUUUUGUUGCUCUAAAGAAUAUGAUGAACUUAGAGUUGAUUCCAAAGAAUGUCAUUGAUAAGAAAACAAAAUGUCAAAUAGAUGAUUGUAGUCGAUAUUGUUAUGUUUAUUUGCUUAAACAUAAAGAUGAAGAACUUGAAAAUUUCAUUAUAUUUAAAACUGAAGUUGAAACACAAACUGGUAAAGUACUUAAACGUUUGAGAUCUGAUGGAGGUGAUGAAUAUACGGGAAACACCUUUAAUGAAUUUUGCAAGAGCAAUGGCAUAAUUUAUGAGGUGACUCUACCAUGUAAACCUGACUCUAAUGAGGUGGCAGAACGAAAGAACAAAACUUUUAAAGAUAUGAUUAACAAUAUGUUGAUUAAUUCGGGGUUGCCUAAGUACAUGUGGGGAGAGACUCUGAAUACGGCUUGUUCUUCAAAUGAUGAUCCUACUCACACAUCUAGUUCUAUUCCUGAUCACGUGGAAAAGAGGACAAAUAUGGGGGCAAAUCCUGCUAGUAGCUUUACUCCUAAUGAAGUAGAGGAACUUAGAAGAAGUAAGCGGGCAAAGGUAGUUAAGGACUUUGGAAGUGAUUUUAUCACUUACAAUGUCGAGGACGAACCUUUGAUUUUACGACAAGCCGUGGGUUCUUCAGAGUCUAGGCACUAG